CUUCUUAUCCUACUCUUCAUAUACACCCAAUCAAAACUUAGAAGAAUCUCAAAAACUGAAAAACCACUGAAACAUCUUUCACCGGUUAAAGCUAAAAAUAUGUAUGUUACAAGGCGUUUGUCGGAAUGCCAAAGAAACAGAUCGGAGUUGCCGGAAAGUCCAAACUCCGGUGUACUUGUGAUUCAAGAUGAAGAGUCAAGACCAACCUGUUGCUUCGGAUCUUGCUACGAGGCUGGACUCAAAGGCUUACCAUUCCCACAGAACACUAAGCUGACUGUGAAUUACACCAUCACGGUUAAUAACGUGACCACUGCUUAUCGUGAUCCGGUCAUUUUCAUUCCGGUUCUUGAUCAACCGUUAUCUUCAAACCGUUACUACGCCAUCAAACGAGGCGGGAAACCCUCAGGAGAAGCUACGGCUAAUGCGAAAGAGGAAGACAGAGUCCCCUGCUGCUUUUGCUUCAGCUAUGUUCCUGAAGCUAAGCCACAACAAGCAGAUCCUUAUGACAUAUACCAACAAUUUCAGAUCCAUCAACCAAAACCAUUGUCUCGAAGUUACUUUGCGACAUCCGUUGCACCUAACGGAGUACCACCAGAGUUUCUCAAGAGAAAGUAUUGGACAGUUGAGUACUCGACAUCAGAAGACUUUGGUCUAAGAGAUGAUGCAAAAGGUAUUUACACGAAGAUUCGGUCUGAGCUUCCAGGUGAUUUUAGUACAAGCGUUGUGGUAGGAAAAUGGUAUGUACCUUUCAUAUUUGUGAAGGAAAGAGACGCAAAGGAUCAGCUUAAGAGUUCAACUUAUUAUAACAUGGUUCUUAUCCAAAGAUGGGAAGAGGUUUACUCUUGCGAAAACGCUUACAAGGACAACCGCGAGGUUGUUGUUAAUGUUGAAGUGGAAACAGAAGUUGUGAAGCUUGAGGGACAAGAUAUUGGAAAAAGGACAGGAAGUGUGGAUGAAAAUGGGAUUGUUUGGUUUGAGUUCGCAGACAAGAGGAUGGGUAUGAGAUCUGUGGUUAUUGAGAAGAUGAAAUGGGAAGAGGAGAGAUUCGGAUGGAAGAGUGAACCGCUAAGAGCAGUGGUUAAGAAAUCUGAGAGAUAUAAUGGAAGCGGUUUGAAUUGGAAGAGUUAUAGAUGUUAUGUAUUAGUGGAGAGCUUUGAGUUGAGAAGAAUGGACGAGAGUCUAGUGUUGGCAUUUGAGUUUAAACAUGUUGAUAAGUUAAGAACUAAGUGGGAAUCAUGAGAAAUUCUUAUGUUUAAGCUAUGUGUGUGUGUUGGUAAUGUUUUUCUUCAAUUGUUCUGUGUGAUAAGCUAAUUAAUUUUUUGAAUUUCUAAAUUUUUGAGUUUC